AUGGUGCGCGAAGUAGUUUUCCGCAUCCAUUAACAGAUGGGAAAUGGAGAAAAUGAUGUAAAGCCAGUCAAAGGCCCGUCUAUAAAUGACGAUCGUCUCCUCCCACUAAGUUUCCCACUCAUAGGAAUAUGCCUACUGCUGCAGGACCCAGUUCCAACUGCUAAUUCGUUAGUGAUGUCGAUCUUCGUGAAGUCAUCGCCGGGGAUUGAUAUCGCAUUUGGCAAUGAGGGAAAGGCGGAGGUAGAAGAAGCCAUGCUCAUGCUUCCCGUGAUGCACGAUAAAUAUGAAGGAGUCAUCGUGGACAUGAAGAAGGCGCCUGUUAUGGAGCCAGAGGUCUUCUGUUCUGCACUCAGAGCUUCCAUGUCUCUUUGGAAGAAACAGGGGAAGAGGGGAGUUUGGAUCAAGCUGCCGAUCGAGAAGGUGAACCUAGUCGAAAGUGCAGUGCAGCAAGGAUUUUGGUUCCACCACGCAGAGCCGACUUACCUCAUGCUCAUAAACUGGCUUCCCGUAGUUCCUUGUACUCUUCCUGCAAAUGCCUCUCAUCGAGUUGGUGUCGGCGCUGUUGUUCUGAAUGACCAAAGAGAGAUCCUGGUGGUCCAAGAGAACAGUGGGUGUCUACGCGGAAUGGGCGUGUGGAAGAUCCCGACUGGAGUUGUCGACGAGGGCGAGGAUAUACAUGAUGCCAUUGUACGCGAAGUAAAGGAAGAAACCGGAAUCGACACAGAGUUCCUGGAAAUACUAGCAUUCAGGCAGGCGCACAAGGCGUAUUUUGAUAAGUCGGAUCUGUUCUUCGUGUGCAUGUUGCGUCCCUUAUCAUUCGAUAUCCGGAGACAACACCUCGAGAUCGAGGCUGCCCAGUGGAUGCCUUUCGAAGAGUAUGCAUCCCAGCCAGCAGCCCGAGAGGACGGACUAUUCAGGUCCAUCACCGAAGUCUGUUUCUCAAAGUUACACGGUAACUGCACCGGAUUUGUCCCAGUGCCGAUGAAAUCAAUCUUCUGCGGACGCUCUAAUUGCUUCUACCGAAGUAUAUGAGAUGCGAACAUGCUGAAUAAUGUAUCAGUAUUUGUAUCGUCACCGUGUUUCUCAGCUUUUCUAUUGUAUAUUGAUCAGUUUACCAAUCGGACCAUGUACUAGUUAUGUUUAUGCCUUGUAUCGAGAGAUUUACAAAACUACAACCCUCACGUGUCGAUACUUCAAGAACGUGAACAUUUGCUUUA